AUGCCCUGCUGCGCGGACCCAGCGGAGAUCAUCAGACGCUCGGAGGAGACCGUCGGCCUCAGCAGCUCAGACCAGCGAGCAGAAUGGACUGAUCGACACCAGCGUUUGGGGCGAUGUUCAGAUUUGUUUGUCAUGGAAACAGAUAUGAUACCGAAAUUCUCCUCCAAAGAUGAGGAGAUUGACUUCUGGAAGACUCUUUCCCUCAAGUACAAGAAAGGCUGCCAGGAGGCUCAGGAGGAGCUGCUGGAGUUUCAGGAGGGGAGCAGGGAGCUGGAGGCGGAGCUGGAAGCACAGCUGGGUCAGGCCGAGCAUCGUAUGAAGGACCUGCAGUCUGAGAACCAGAGACUCAGGAAUGACGUCGAAACGCUUAAGGAGAAGCUGGAGCAGCAGUACUCUCAGAGCUACAAGCAGAUCUCGAUGCUGGAGGACGACCUCGGCCAAACGCGUAGCAUCAAGGAGCAGCUCCACAAAUACGUCAGAGAGCUGGAGCAGUCCAACGACGACUUAGAGAGAGCCAAAAGAGCGACCAUCGUGUCUCUGGAGAACUUCGAGCAGCGUCUGAACCAGGCUAUCGAGAGGAACGCCUUCCUGGAGAGCGAGCUGGAUGAGAAGGAGUCUCUUCUGGUCUCUGUGCAGAGAUUAAAGGAUGAAGCCAGAGACUUGCGGCAGGAGCUGGCCGUCCGAGAGAGACAGGCAGAUGUAACCAGGAUGUCCGCUCCGAGUUCGCCCACACAAGACAACGUGAAGAUGGACACUGCGGUGCAGGCCUCCCUCUCCCUCCCUGCCACCCCACUGAGCAAAGGUCUGGACAACGCCUUUGCCAACCCAGCGGUGCUAUCAAAUGGCUACGGCAGCAACUCCCCGUUGACUCCCUCUGCCAGAAUAUCAGCCCUCAACAUCGUCAGUGAUUUACUCCGGAAAGUAGGGGCUCUGGAGUCAAAACUUGCCGCUUGCAGGAACUUUGCCAAGGACCAGAAAGCCAGGAAGGCGUACACGCUCGACAACAGCAACGUGCUCAACGCAAACACAGCCAGCUACUCACAGUCGCUCCACACGUCAUAUUUUGACAAAGCCAGGACCGUGAACGGACUGGAACCUGGUGCCCUGACGGCCAUCACCGCCCCUCCCACUGCCUCCUCCCCGGGCUUAGUGCCCCUCGCGGUGUGACGGUAACGCCCCACCCAGCACACCUGCUCUGCAGCGGAGAAUCUCACCUGAGGGGAGAAGUUCAGACGGAGAGGGAAAGCAAAUGGCUAAUACUGUAAAACUUUGUGGUACUGUUACCCCGGGGCCUCCUCCUCUCCUCUCCUCUCCUCUC